CGUCUCACCACCCGCGGCUCCCUCUGCGCCCAUCUCCUACGCCGAGUGGCUGCUACCAGACGCUCUAUUCACAGGUAUGCGUUGCGCGCGACGCCCCAGCGAGAGCUCCUCUGCCAGCCCAGCGCGCGCGAAAAGUGGCUGCCGCUAACCUCGUGCAGACGCCAACGACGCCAACCCCGACAAUCCCCCAUACCAACACCGCCGCACCCACGCCCACGCCUACGCCUACGCUCUCGACGACUACCAUGGCGACGCCAGCAUGGUCGUAGUCUCUCCCGGCCGUCUCCACCACAAUGUCAGCGCCCACCAUGACACUCGCGACGGUCCUCUCUCGCCCGCCGCCGCCCCUGCACCUCGAAUCGCCAACAUGCAAGUUGCGACUGCUGCCAAUGCGACGGCCCAGGCGAUACCUGCCCUCGACGGCGAAGGCGUGCCUGACACCCACGACCUAAUGGACCUCACGCCAAACAAUGCCCUGGGCGCCCUCGACCCUCCCAUCUCCUUUUCAGCAGCGCCUGCGCAACAUGCCAAUGGCCUCGCCAUGGACCCAGCCUUUGCACCCAUGGACUUUUCCCAGCCCGCCAUGACCGACGAGCGUCUGACCGCCUUCGCACGCCUUCGCUUCGACGAUGGCUCCUACUACAUGCACACGUACCAGAUCAUCCUCGGCCGCAACAUUGCCCUCGCCCACAGGGACAUGCGUCGCCUGGCCAAGGUCGACCAACUGCACGCCGAGGGCCAGCCCCAAGCAGCCGAGGAACUACUGAAUGGGAACAAGGACAAGGACAAGGAAAAGGAAAAGAAGAAAAAGCGCGACCGACGUGGCGCACGCAGCGUCAUCAGCGAGAAGGGCGGCAUCGUCAGUGCGCCCAUCGAGUCCAUGCCCAUGGAGUACCAGCAGCGUCGCCAGAGCAAUGCAUCGCACUCCCUCAGCUCUGGCUCUCACCCCAACGGUGAGCCGGGCGAGGAGAAACCGACAGAACGCGCCCCGCAAGACGUGCUCAUGCAGGCCUUCCCAGAAGUCCCUGCCCAGUUCGAUGGCCAUGUUCCCGAAGAUCCAAACGACUGCCCCGUUGUGCCCAUACACCCUCAACACAUCACCGCUAAGACCGGUGUCCAGGGCCCCAAGGGCAUUUCUCGACACCACGCCAAGAUCUUCUACGACUUCGACAGCGGUAACUUCAGUGUUGAAGUGCUCGGUUCCAAUGGCCUGCAUCACGAAAAUCAAUUCAUUCACCAGGGCGAAAUCAUCCCUUUGGAUCAUGGUGACCACCUGCUGAUCGGUGCCGUCAACAUUCAAUUCUACCUCCCUGACAUCGCGCUCACUGAAGACCAACGGCAUCGCCAAGAGUCUGGUUCUCGUCCCAUGAGCUUCUCUUUCGAGAAUGGCCACGGCGAGCUAGAAAGCGACGAGCAGAUGAGCUCUGAAAGCGAAGGAGAACAGAGUAUCAACCCACGGCAUGUGUACCACUACCCUGUUGACAGCGAUCUCGAUUCUGAAGAUGCGGCUGGCGACGAAGACAUGGACGACUAUGAAGAACCUGUACCACGACCGCGACAAAAGCAGAGUCUCAAGAUCAAGAUCAAAGCUCCUCCACCUCCACCUCCACCUCCGAAAGACAUCAAGAAAGUGCACAAGAGGAAGCAUCGUGAGCCCACCCCUGAAGAGCCCCCCAUGAAGAAGGUAAAGACCAAGUUCAAAGAUCCGGUCAGAGAACCUGUGAAGGAACCAAAGCUUCCAAAAGAGCCAAGGGAACCGAAGGCUUCGAAAGAGCCAAAGGAAAUCAAGGAGCCAAAGGAAACUAAAGAACCCAAGGAAAAGGGCAAAGCACCGGCCAAGGCCCCCUCAAAGACAAUUGUCAAAGCCGAGACCCCAGUAGAGGAAGUUGCAAAAGAGACCCCUACAAAGGAGCGAGCCGAGCCGACCAAGCCCGCACCUAAUGACAGUCCUCCUCUGCUUCGCAAACCUUUCGAGGGCGAAAUCGAGGCUGGGGAAAUCGAGGGUCUCAUCACCGAAGAGUUGGCCAGACAACAUAAUCUACCGUCCAACCUGAUCGGCCACGUCGUCGAGAAGCGAAAGGGACCCGGUAGACCGCCAAAGGACGGCAUCAUGUCGAAGCGUCAAAGAUCUCAGCUCAUCAAGCAAGCCAAGGAGAUCGAAAAGGCCAAGGCCGCUGGUCUUGACCCGGCUGAUAUACCCCUGCCCACCGUCAAGCCCAAAGCCCCGAAACGCAAAGAGUCGAAUGCCGCUGAUGGCGAAGAUGACGAUAUCAUGGAGUCAACCGAGAAGGGCGACGGCACAAUGGCGGGCGACAAGAAACAGGCCAAGCCAAUCAAACCUCCCAGGACUCCAUCGCCCGAGAUGCGUAUUGAAGAUUACACCGAAGAACAGCUGCAGCGUCCAUCAGCCAACUACGUUGUCCUCAUUCAUGAGGCCAUCUCAUCAUCCGGUACUGGCCAGAUGAAUCUUCAGCAGAUCUACAAUUACAUUGAGAAAAAGUACCCCUGGUACAAGUUCAAGACUACAACCAGUGGUUGGCAAUCGAGCGUGCGACACAACCUCGGCCAGCAUGACGCUUUCGUAAAGGGAGACAAGGAAGGCAAGGGUUUCAAUUGGAGAGUCAAUCCUGAAAUUUCCAUCGAGAAGGAACGCAGAAAGAGACAAAUCAGCCCUCCAAUUAACCAUGCCCAACGACAACCGUACUAUCCACCUCCGAAUGGAUACCCUGCCUAUCCUCAGCCCGGUUACCCCUAUCAUCCGGGUAUGCCCCAUGCUAUGCCACAAGCUGCUCCAAGAUUGCCACCCAGUCUUGCACAGCCUCGUCUUCCUCCGAGUAUGGCCCGUGAUGCAAAUGCGACAGCGCCCUCUGCGCCACAGGGUGCACCUCACCACGCUUCGCCAUAUGCAUCUCCGUGGGCUGGCGGAAACGCCGCAGGUAGCCCCCCAGCACCACAGCCUCCUCGUCCAUAUCCGCAGCCUAGCUCCCAAACACCGCCAGUUGGCUCAGCAGCCGGCCCAAGUGGUCAGUAUGGUGUCCUCUACCCGACUGCUGCCCCACAGACAUACAGUGGCCCUCCAACCGCAAGCCCUUACGGUGGACAGCAGUAUGCCACAACAGGUGCUAGUCCGUAUGCCCAAGGGCCUCCCCGACCGUAUGCACCUUAUCCUCCUCCAGGCCAGCAAUCAGCUCCUCCUCCAGCACCAUCUGCCCAUGCUUCAGCAUCACCAUAUGCGCAGCAAACCCCUUAUGGUCCUCCACCUCAAGGGCCCCUUCAUGAUGGCGCCAUUCCUCAUUCAUCUGGUCGCUACCCUCUCGCCACGCACACAGAUCUAAUCCGCCAACUUGAGGCCUUUCGAAAGGUCUACCUCGAAGCCAGACUUGAGCCUGGCGAAGACAAAAAGGUCGAUAAUGCGAUUAGAGCUUGUGUAGAUACCACUGUGCCAGAAGCCAGUCUGACGGAUUCGGAGAGACUGCUCCUCAAGUCCAUUCGCAGCAUUGAGGGUGUUGCAAAGCAUCUCACUAGUGCACCAGCGAUCAAAGAGGAGAAUGCCCCCGCUGUCAAUGUGCCUGCGACAACGAGUACGGUUGCGGCCGGCACAGCGGCAGCAAUUGCGGCGGAUGCUGUGGUCGCGCAACAGUCUACGCCUCCGGCCACUGCUCCAUCGCUAGCCCCGUCACAGCAAGCGACAGGCGAACCACACAAACCCACGCCUACCAUGACCAGCGGGCCGCCUCCUGCACCUUUAUCUUCUGGUCCUAUACAUAACCUUCCCACCUCUCAUCGACCCAGCGUCGAGCCGCUUACGCCGUUGCCAGGGACCCCGGUGCCUGGGUCGCCAGCGGUGCAGAACGGCACGCCGCUCAGGCAAUCAGUCAAUGUAGGCGACGCGGGAAGUACAGAGGUCACCAAGAAUGCGGGUGAAGAUGUGGUGCCGAAGACAGAGUAGAGUCUUUGUUUCCUGAAAUGGUGUCUCGGUCGCGGCGAUGGCCGGGAGGACGUUACGUUCAUGAAGAGCUUCAAUUAUUAGAUUGGGCUUCUCGUACUUGCUAUUGGUCUUUCGCGCAGCACGACUACGACACGCAUUUCAUGUUGAUUUUGGCGUUCGGGUACUUUCUCUGUUAUUGAUACCCAUCACAGCGCGGUUGGGUUCAGGGCUGCUCAAAAGUGGAUUUCGCGUUACGUGCAUACAUGGUCAUGGUCAUGAUCGGGAUUUAUACUACAUGGGUGGAUGGAUGCGAGCGAGGACUGUACUACGUUAGGUAGCUUAGGCGCAUGGAAUACUGAUAGAUACGUGGAUGUUCCGUACU